AUGCUGUUCCAGCCGCACACAGUCAGAGACUCCCACGUCAAUCGGACCAGGUUCUCCCUGCUCCGACAACUCCCGUCAUGCUGUUCCAGCCACACGUGGUCAGAGACUUCCAGGCCGAUCGGAUCAAGUUCUCCCUGCUCCAACAACUCCCAUCAUGCUGUUCCUGCCACACGAGGUCAGAGACUCCCACACUGAUCGGACCAAGUUCUCCCUGCUGCAACAACUCCCGUCAUGCUGUUCCAACAACACACGGUCAGAGACUACUCACCUCCUCUCCAGAACUGGUCGUUCGCUCCCACCGGCACUAUGAGACCCCUUCCCGGCUUCCCGAGCCUUUUCCUGGACCAAACCUCCGUGUCCGCCGAGUCUGGGUACUUUCCAGCCACAUAG